GGACACCGGGGGUUUAACAGAGGACCUUCCAACAGAACGCUUCACUGCUGAAAGGACGUUCCAUGUGCAUUCGCAAGGAUUCUUGCCAGAAUGCUGCAAUCAAGCGCUCGAUCUCGGAUAUCGACACGGAUGUGACUUCAGAAGAUCCGGCGCUUUACUUUGGAAGCCCUGGCAGCAGGAGUGAUUCCUGCUGCUCCUUGGAUCCGCUGCCACCGGAGAAUAGUGUUCUAUUUGACUCGCUCGAGCGAGGUCUUCUUGCGCGUGAGUUCUGCGAUCUUCAGCAAGUUGGCAGAGGUGGUUUUGGUAAGGUGGUAAAAGCGUGGCAUCGGUCCAGCCGCUCAUGGGUGGCCUUGAAGCUUAUUCCCAUGCAGCUGAAGGCAUCCGAGACUGUAGAUGACAACCACACCAAUUGGAGCGGACCAGAUGUAUUUCAGCAGCUGCAACAGAUGCGAAGCUCGAAGGUUCUUCGAUAUGGAAGGAGGUGGACCGAGCUCCCUCAAGAUCUACCGGACGCUUGGAGCCAUUUCAUGCAGUCGCCUAGGAGCGCUCGUGCCAUUGAGCGGAGGCCCAUGGACGACCCUCUGACACCUGUCUCAACCAUGAAUUUAUCAGCAGGUCUCGAAAGUUCCAGCGGCUUUGAAUGGGUGGUGACCGAAGUGGACGACUCGCCCCCAACUCCGCAAUCGGUUCCAAAGCCGCGGAAGGAGAGGUCAACCAAAGGUUUUGAGAAGCACUAUGAUGUGGUGCUUGUCAUAGAAAUGGAGUAUUGUGACGGAAUCACACUUGCAGAAUGGCUGGCCAACCCGAGUCAACGACCAAAGUUGAUCAAGGGCGGAAUGAAUGCUUCCCGUCAAAUCUUCAAGCAACUCAUUCAAGGUUUGGCAGACCUUCACGAGGUUGGCAUUGUGCAUUGGGACAUCAAGCCAGCAAACAUCUUACUCUCAAAGGAUGGCCAGGUGAAGAUCUUUGACUUUGGCCUUGCCAAACUCAGUACAAGUGAGCGUGCCAAAACAACCUGCGACCCAUUCAAUGGCAAACAACAGCAAGUGUCUCAAACAGCCAUUGGCACGCCCGGAUAUGCUCCUCCGGAACAUUGCAUCCAUCUCGAACAUAACAAGAAAGUUGGCCCACAGAAUUUUGUCCUGCCGCCAUCAUGCCCGAAAUCCGACAUCUUUUCAGCGGGCAUUGUUCUGGUCGAGCUACUUAUGGCAGGGAUUGCAGGUGAUGGACCUAUUUGGAAGACCUCCAUGGAGCGUGUCUCAGUCAUGGCAUCUCUUCGUGAUGGCCGGGAUGGAGCAUUGCCGUUGGCCUUGCGUACUUUGGGCGCGUGGAUGCGACAAUUGGUCUUUCGGAUGGUUGCAUGGGAUGCUGAUGCCAGGCCUUCCGCACAGGAGGUCCUAGAUGAGUUGGACGCUGAUCAAUGGGCUGCAGGUCGUCACAAUCCUUUCCUGGGGACACAGAAUGCAAGGUCCCCACACUUCGCCUCCAUGCUCACACAUCUCUCAGCCGCACACAAUCCUUACAUCGGUUUCUUUCUUGAUCAUGUCAGCAAUGUCAACAAUCUCAAGGCUUCCUGAACCCAGUGAGCCAUGCAGAUCUUGCUGGAAGCGGAAAAACGGCAGAUGGCUUUGGUUCAGGAAGCUGCCCAGUGUGUCUUGAAUGUGUGAACGAGCACCUGGGCGUUUGCUUUGAUUUGUUUGUGAGAUGUGUU